CACAGCUCUCGGUAUCGGCAGCAGCGCCGUGGUCAGACCACAACUCCACCACGCCAACGGCUCCAGAGCCACGGGCCAGGGGCAAGGUCUGGCUGCACGAUGCAGGAGCAGGUGACCCCCAGCCCCAUCGUGAUGGAGCCAACUGCCACCACUGACUUCUACCCCUGGGAGUACCACAGCUCGUGGGAGGAGGCCAUGCUGCCCGAGCUCUGUGAGAAGCAGGCAGUGCAGGACUUCGCCCGUGCCUACCAGCCUGCUGCCUACCUGCUGCUCUCGCUGCUAGGCGCAGUGGGCAAUGGGCUGGUGCUGCUCACUCACACUCGCUACCGCCGGGCACACAGUGUGACCGACAUCUGCCUGCUGCACCUUGCCCUGUCUGACCUCCUGCUGCUCCUCACCCUGCCCUUUGCCGUCACCAACACGCUGCAGGGCUGGUCCCCAGGCACGGCUGCCUGCAAGGCGCUGCAGGGCCUCUAUGCCCUCAACUUUUACAGCGGCUUCCUCUUCCUCACCUGCAUCAGUGUGGAUCGCUAUGUGGCCAUCGUGAGGGUGCCAGCUGCAUGCCGCCUGCGCCCCAGGGCUCGCCGCCACGGCUGGCUGACAGCAGGACUGGCCUGGCUGCUGGCACUGCUGCUGGCACUGCCCCAGUUUGUCUACGGCCAAGCGGAGCAGCACCAGGGUCUCCAGCUCUGCCGAGUCGUCUUCCCCAGCGCAGUGUCACGGGUGGCCCGGGGGACCACCAACGUGGUGCAGGUGGUGCUGGGCUUCGCAGUGCCCUUCCUAGUGAUGGUGAGCUGCUACGCCGCUGUGGCCCGAACGCUGCUGGCAGCUCGUGGUGCCCAGCCUCACCGAGCACUGCGGGUGCUGCUGGCCCUCGUGCUGGUGUUCGUGGCCCUGCAGCUGCCCCACAGCCUGAUGGUGCUGCUGGACACAGCUGAGCUGCUGGCCAGCUGGGAGGUGACCUGUGCCCAGAGCCGCCGCAAGGACCUGGCACUGCUGGUGACGGGCGGCCUGGCCUACCUGCGCUGCUGCCUCAACCCCCUGCUCUAUGCCUUCCUGGGCCAGCGCUUCCGCCGGGAACUGUGGCUGCUGGCAAGCGAUGCUGGCUGCGUGGGGCCCCUCGAGCCACGCUGCCCAGGCUGCCCCAGUCCCCGCCGGCGGGCGUCGCUCUCCACCUGCCAGGACAUUAUGUAG